UUUUGAUUUUUUUUAAAGGUGUCCACAAAUGAGAAAAGGCUGAAAAACCCUGGUAUAGCCAAAUACAUAGAUCAGUGAUUCGAAUCUCUGCCUUAGCUCAGAUGGAGCAGGUAGCCAAAGACGGGUGUUCAAAGCGAUCCAGCUAGCCUGUGUCCCUGCAGCCGAUUUUGUCAUGUGGAGGCCAGAUCCAGGGAAAGCCCACAGGGAGGGGAGGGGAGGGGAGAGAGUUCAGCAAAUAACUUGCAGUCCCGCCUGCCCCCUCGCUCUCCCAUGCAUGCUGUGUGCAGCUGAGCUGCUGCCGCUCGCUUUCCUGGCAGGCCCUGCUGGUGCCCUGCCGUCACCCAGCAGCCGCCGCGAUGGCAGGAGGACGGGAAAGAGUCGCUCACUUGCUGAGGCAGCUGCAGCGCGCAGCAUGCCAGUGUCCGGCUCAUUCCCACACUUACUCUCAAGCUCCUGAACAUGCUGCUUUGAGGAGAACAGACUAUGCUUUUGAGAUGGCUGUGUCAAAUAUCAGAUAUGGAGAAGGUGUUACUAAAGAAGUAGGCAUGGACCUGCACAAUCUGGGUGCUAGAAAAGUUUGUGUGAUGACAGAUCAGAACCUCUGCCAGCUCCCUCCAGUAAAAGCAGUAUUGAAUUCCUUGACAAAAAAUGGAAUCACUUUUCAAAUGUAUGAUGAUGUCCGAGUGGAGCCAACGGAUCAGAGUUUCAUGGAUGCCAUCACAUUUGCUAGAAAGGGGGAGUUUGAUGCCUAUGUUGCUGUGGGCGGUGGUUCUGUAAUAGACACUUGUAAAGCUGCCAACCUGUAUUCAUCCAGUCCUGAAUCGGAUUUCUUAGAUUACGUCAAUGCCCCCAUUGGAAAAGGAAAGUCUGUUACUGUGCCUCUCAAGCCAUUCAUUGCAGUUCCCACGACAGCUGGAACUGGAAGUGAAACCACUGGCAUUGCCAUUUUUGAUUACGAAGAACUAAAAGUAAAAACUGGCAUUGCUUCUAGAGCCAUUAAGCCCACAUUGGGUAUGAUUGAUCCUUUGCAUACAAUCCAUAUGCCAGAGCGAGUAGUGGCCAACAGUGGCUUUGAUGUGCUUUGCCACGCACUAGAAGCGUACACUGCUCUUCCUUACAAGAUGCGCAGUCCCUGCCCUUCAAAUCCAAUCAAUCGGCCUGCUUACCAAGGCAGCAACCCUAUCAGUGAUGUCUGGGCUGUCCACGCACUGCGCAUUGUGGCAGAGUAUUUGAAAAGAGCUGUCAGAAUGCCAGAUGAUCAUGAAGCAAGGGCUAACAUGCACCUAGCAAGUGCUUUUGCUGGCAUCGGCUUUGGAAAUGCUGGUGUUCAUCUUUGCCAUGGAAUGUCUUACCCUAUUUCUGGCUUGGUGAAGAGUUACAGAGCAAAGGAUUAUAAUGUCGAUCAUCCUCUGGUGCCACAUGGUCUUUCUGUGGUACUCACCUCCCCCGCAGUAUUUACUUUCACAGCAGAGAUGUGCCCCGAACGGCACUUGGAGGCUGCAGAGAUACUAGGAGCUGACAUCCGCGCUGCCAAAAUCAAAGAUGCUGGGCUUAUUUUGGCAGACACGCUCCGGAAAUUCUUAUUUGAUCUGAACGUUGAUGAUGGCUUAGCUGCAAUUGGUUAUUCUAAAGCAGAUAUCCCUGCUUUAGUCAAAGGCACUCUCCCUCAGGAAAGAGUGACUAAACUAUCACCUCGUCCCCAGACCGAAGAAGAGCUAUCUGCCCUGUUUGAGGCAUCCAUGAAACUUUAUUAGUUUAAAUAUAUUGCACGUUCUUCAGUAAUAAAAACUAACAUGGUCUAAACCAGUUCAGAUAAUGAA